AUGUUUGUUUUCUUUCUUUAUCAGUCGUUCGAAUUCAUUUCUGCGGUAGUAAAAAUGAUAACAAGCAGAUUAUUGCCGAACGUUGCUCGAUUCACCAUUGGAACGCAAGCUUCCAUUGCAGCAGGGAUGGCCACCAAUACUCCCCGAAUUAAGCUCUACACCAACCCAAUCAGUCCACCGGGGCGAUCGGUAGAACUUACGGCGAAGGCGAUCGACCUUGACAUUGAAGUCAUUGCCAUCGAUCUUCUGGGGAACGACACCCUUAAACCGGACUACCUGCUCAAGAACCCCCAGCACACGAUCCCUAUGAUCGACGACGAAGGUAAGUUCAUUUGGGACAGCCAGGCGAUCAACGUGUACCUUACGACCGUCUACGGACGCAAUGAAGAUCUCUAUCCGAACGAUCCCUUCGUACGCGCCAAGGUGAACGCCGGUCUACACUUCAACUCCGGGGUGCUUUUCAGCCGGCUGAAGCUGUUGAUCUCCCCAGUAAUCCGAGGAUUCAAACAAAUCCUGGACCCCGAGAAAGUCGAGUAUUUCCACAUCGGUCUCCAGUUGUUCGAGGAUACGCUACACGACGAUUACUACAUUGGCAAUCGGAUGACCUUGGCUGAUUUGAGCUGCGUUUCGUCGGUCUCCAGCUUCGACGCCGUUCUGCCAAUCAGUCGCGAGAAAUUUCCAAAAACUGUCGACUGGUUGAGACGGAUGGAACAGUUGCCGUAUUACAACGAGGCAAACGGAAAUGGAGCUCGGCAGUUGGCGAAGGUUGUGGAGAGCUUCCUGAAAUGAAUGGACAAUGGACAACGGUUUCGAAUCAUUGAGGGACUGUGACGUUAUGCUUUUAAAAAUGAGUGAUGAUUCUUUAAACGUCUGUUUGGACUUGUUGCAUUUGAUAAGUAACAUAAAGUUGUGAAGUUUGAUGUGUUCAAAAGUGCAUUUAGAUAAUCCCCAGCAUGUCAAUAUGGCACGGGAUAACUAAACUAGUUAAUCAAAUCUUCCAAGUUGUAAGUUUUAUGAAUACUGAAUAAAUUUUGAACAAUUUUAA